AUGGAGUCUAUUGCACGUCAAUCGGUCAAGAUGUGCCCAUUCAUGCAGCGUGCUGGUUCUGCGAAAGGUUUGAAAGCUUUGCAUAAUUCUAAUUUGCCAGCAGCAGCUCGUCAAUGUCCUAUUGUAGGUCAUGCUAUGAAAAGAACUUAUGCUACUGCUACCGGCGCACCCAGAGAAGCAUCAGCUAGUAAUGCUAAAGCUGCUAGAAAUGCAAAUGAAGUAGUUGCUAAUCACGCGACUCAGGAAUCCACUUUUGACUACAACGGUCUUUUCGAAAGUGAAAUUGACAAGAAAAGAGUUGACAAAUCUUAUCGUUUUUUCAACAAUAUCAACAGAUUGGCUAAAGAAUUUCCUAAGGCCCAUCGUGACGUGGAAGAGGAUAAGGUUACCGUAUGGUGCUCCAAUGACUAUUUGGCAUUAUCCAAAAAUCAACAAGUCGUUGAUGCUAUGAAAAAGACUUUGGACAGGUAUGGUGCCGGUGCCGGUGGUACCAGAAACAUUGCUGGUCAUAACAGACACGCACUAAGAUUGGAAGCCGAAAUUGCGGCUUUGCACAAGAAGGAGGGUGCCCUUGUCUUUUCAUCUUGCUAUGUGGCUAACGAUGCGGUUCUCUCAUUGUUGGGACAAAAGGUCAAGGAUUUGGUUAUCUUUAGUGAUGAACUAAACCACGCUUCUAUGAUUAUGGGUAUGAAGCAUGCUCAAACAACAAAACACAUCUUCAGACAUAACAACUACGCCCAUUUGGAAGAAUUAUUGCAGAUGUACCCUAAAUCAACUCCCAAGUUAAUUGCUUUUGAAUCUGUCUAUUCAAUGGCAGGUUCCGUUGCUGAUAUCGAUAAAAUCUGUAGUUUAGCUGAGAAAUACGGUGCACUAACAUUUUUGGAUGAAGUUCACGCCGUUGGUCUCUACGGCCCUCAUGGUGCAGGUGUUGCCGAACAUUGCGAUUUUGAACCUCAUCGUGUUACUGGUGUUGAGAGUGUCCCAGGUAACUCUACUGUAAUGGACCGUGUUGAUAUGAUUACCGGAACUUUAGGUAAAUCAUUUGGUACUGUUGGAGGAUACGUGGCAGCCUCUCAGAGAUUAGUUGACUGGUUAAGAUCAUAUGCCCCAGGCUUUAUCUUCACCACCUCGUUACCACCUUCAGUGAUGGCAGGUGCUACCGAAGCUAUUAGAUACCAACGUUCUCAUUUGGAACUAAGACAAUUACAACAAUUACAUACCGGUUACGUGAAGCAAGGGAUGAAGGAGCUAGGAAUUCCAGUUAUACCCAAUCCUUCUCACAUCGUGCCUGUUUUAGUUGGUAAUCCUGAUCUAGCGAAGCAAGCUUCGGAUAUGUUGAUGGAUAAACACAAAAUUUAUGUUCAAGCAAUUAACUUCCCUACAGUUUCAAGAGGUACUGAAAGGUUACGUAUUACUCCAACUCCUGGUCACACUGACGAUUUGUCAGAGAUUCUUUUGAAUGCAGUUGAUGAUGUCUUUAAGGAAUUGCAAUUGCCUCGUGUUAGAGAUUGGGAGUCUCAAGGUGGUAUUCUUGGUGUCGGUGAGCCUGGAUUCGUCGAACAAUCAAAUCUUUGGACUGAGGAACAAUUAAGUUUGACUAACGACCAUUUGAAUCCAAAUGUCCUUGACCCAAUCUUAGAUCAUUUGGAGGUAUCGAGUGGUAUUAAAGUUUAA